AUGGAUUUUGAAAAGUUGCGUAUAAGCAAGAAGGAGGUGAUCAAUAUUGUGUUUGUAGGGCAUGUUGAUGCAGGGAAAUCAACCAUUUGUGGGCAGAUUCUUGUAAACAUGGGGCUGAUCGACCACAGAACGCUUGAAAAGUACAGAGAAAUGGCAAAGGAUCAGAACAGAGAGAGUUGGUAUUUGAGCUGGUGCCUGGACACAAAUCCGGAAGAGAGGGAGCGCGGAAAGACCACAGAGGUGGGAACCGCAACUUUUGAGCUUCCCAAGCGAAGAAUAAACAUCCUGGAUGCGCCAGGACACAAGCAGUUUGUUUUUGAAAUGAUAAAUGCAGCAAACCGUGCAGAUGUUGGGAUCCUUGUUGUGUCCGCACGCAUAAAUGAGUUUGAAGCAGGCUUUGAGAAGGGAGGGCAGACAAGAGAGCACAUACUGCUCCUGAAGGCAGGGAGUGUGCAAAGAUUGAUUGUGCUUGUCAAUAAGAUGGAUGACCCGAGUGUUGAUUGGAGCAAGCAACGAUUUGAUGAAAUAAGGGAAAAAGUUAGCGGAUUUGUAAAAAAGAUGUUUGCAGUGCCAGUAUUUAUUCCCGUGAGCGGAUUCACAGGGGAGUAUAUCAAGGACAAGGGCCGAUGCCCAUGGUAUGAAGGCGAGUCUUUUAUUUGCGAGCUUGAGAAGAUAAGCAUUCCUAGGAAAGAUGAUGCGCCUCUUGCAAUUACAAUAACACAGAAGAUAAAGCUGAUGGGCUCGGUAUACGUGCAUGGAAAGAUAGAGUGUGGAAGGGUUGCUCCGAACAUGGCGGUUAAGGUUCUUCCACAGAAUGCAAUGAAUCAUGUAAUGUGCAUCCUAGACGAUGAGGAUGUGGAGAUUAAUGAGGGAUUGUCUGGGGAUAUCGUUCGGCUCAAGCUGAGGGACGAUACCGAUGAUUUGUCGGUUGGAGGCAAGAUAGUUGAUCCUAGUAACAGCGAUUACAAAGUAUCUCAAGAGUUUACAUGUGGACUAAACCUGAUUGAUGGAGAAGCGGUUAUUAGUUCUGGAUACAACUGCAUUAUCCAUAUAGGAGUAGUGGCUAUGCCAUGCAAAGUCAAGGAAAUACGGGACAUGAAGAACAGCAGGAUUAGAUUUUGCAAGCAUGGAGAUAAGGUCCUUGCAAAGAUAGCUCUUGAGUCACCAAUAUGUAUCUUUAAUUGCAAUAAGGAGGAUGACGAAAGAAGACAGAGGUUUGCAUUAAGAUUGGAAAGCAAAACAAUUGCGCUUGGAGUCAUACGAGUAAUAAAGUAA